UAUACGGUGUCAGUGUUCGCAGGACUUGUCGUCAUGAAUGAAACUCGCUCUGCUGCUAAUAGAAGAGUCGCUCGAAUAGUUCCAGAUGAACUGUCAAGUAAAGGGGAUAACGGCCCUUGUCUCGUCCUUCUCCAGCUGGAGUCAGCGUUCCUGGAGAACAACUGGAUCCGACCUGCUCCUCUCAACAAUGGUAUGAUCAGUGUUGAGUCUAAAUUGGUCGCCUGGGCUUGGGACCUGGAUGCCAAGAAUAAUCUGUUACAUGCUGUAUCCUUGAAGAUGGCAUCUUUAUCUGGACUGAAAUGCUACCAUGAGUACGGGGUAGCGCACUACAGAUGGGAAAUGUGCUCCUACGACACUCACAAACUACCCCUGGCCGUGAGAGAGGGCGCGCUGCUAGUAGACGAUGGAUACCUGACCGCCCUCAAGUACGAGAACACUAACGUCUUAUCGCCCAAGUCCACACCCAUCGUCCUUAUGGCCAGGCUGUACUGGUUCAUUAGCUGGAUUCAAUACUGUGUCGUGGAUAAUACUCUUAAAACGUCUUUCGUUGAGACGGAUAACACUGAAGACGACCUGUUUCCUCUGCCAUGGUCUAAGAAACGUUCUAAAUCGCCAUCUCUCAAGAUGAAUGUCUACCUGUCCUUCGCUCUAACAAUGGCCGUCCUUCCAGUGAUGCAGCAUUGGCUAUCUGCAGUAAUGUUUUAAAAAGUUAGGUUUGGCACCAUUAUAAUGAUUUAUAAAAUGAC